GGGGUACCUCUACGCAGGGCUGGAGUUCGGCGCCGAGUGCUACUGCGGGCACAAGAUCCAGGCGGCCAACGCCAGCGAGGCCGAGUGCAGCAUGGGGUGCAAGGGGGAGAGGGGCAGGACCUGUGGGGGUGCCAACCGCCUCGCCAUCUACCGCCUGGAGCUCGCCCAGGAGGCUGCCCGAAGAGAUGGCAGUGCCAUAUUUCGGGGCUGCUUCCGCCGGCCGGCCAACGUCUCCAUCGCCCUGCCCACCAGCAAGGUCAUGCUCAACAUGUCUGUGGACAAGUGUGUGGAUUUCUGCACUGAGAAGGAGUACCCGUUGGCAGCCCUGGCAGGGACCACUUGCCACUGUGGUUUCCCCACCACCCUCUUCACCCUGCACGAGAGGGAGGAUGAGCAGCUCUGUGCCCAGAAAUGCCCCGGCGAGGACUUCGAGAGCUGUGGCACCGCCGAGUUCCUCCUGGUCUACCAGACCCAAGUGCAAGACAACCGCUGCAUGGACAGGAGGUUCCUCCCAACCCGUGCCAAGCAGCUGGUGGCCCUGGCCAGCUUCCCUGGUGCUGGCAACACGUGGGCAAGGCACCUGAUCGAGCUGGCCACAGGCUUCUACACGGGCAGCUACUACUUCGAUGGCUCUCUCUACAACAAAGGGUUCAAGGGUGAACGGGACCACUGGCGCAGCGGGAGGACCAUCUGCAUCAAAACCCACGAGAGUGGGCAGAAGGAGAUCGAGGCCUUCGACGCUGCCAUCCUGCUCAUCAGGAACCCCUACAAGGCUCUCAUGGCCGAGUUCAACCGUAAAUUCGGGGGGCACAUCGGCUUCGCCGCCCACGCCCACUGGCAGGGCAAAG